AUGGGGAAGAUUUCAUGUGAUGAUGAACUCAUUCAGCCUUUCGUUGCCCAGACUAUUUUUAAGCCACCGAUUAUUGGAAGUGUUCAUGAAGAAGUUAAAGAAAAGGAUGAAGGUAGUGAUGAUGUUGAUUCGGAGUCUUCACAAGUCUCGAAGAAAGCUCGGGUUGCUGUAUAA